AUGCCCGUGAACUGCCAAAGAUUGACCACAGGUGGUAAGGGGAAUUUAGGGAUGUUUAUAGAAAGAAGCCCUCAUGUUUGCGCAGCCGGCUUACCAACGGCUCAACCAGAUGAUAAAAUAGCAGAUGAUAUGCAGCAUUACCUCUUAAAAGAAGAAGUAGAUGCUUUAAUUCAGGAUGCGAUACAUCCACCGAAACCUCCGCGACCCCUUCCCCCUUUACGCAAACCUUUCCCCCAGGAUAAGAGACAUGCCGCGUUUUUUAGCGAAGUCCGAGAAGUAAUGUUUUCGAAAAACGAGAAGAAGUUUCAAACCCUAGCCGAAGAUUUGAAAUCCACCGUAUAUGCUUCCUACUGGAAGCCUCUCGGCCAAUGCAGGGAUCCUACUCCUAUGUUGCCAGAAGGUUUCGAUAAAAAUACAACUUUCGGUAAGAAAACAUAUCAAAGCGUGUCGUUAUACGAUGUAGUCAUGCCCAAGGUUCCUUUACCUGACCAGACCCCGCCUUCCAAACUAGCUGGUAUUCAAAAGAAGCGCAAUUAUUGUGAAUCAUUCAACCCAAACGCGUUUUUCCCUAACAAGACAGGAAUCAAUAAGUCUGGAAUAUAUGUAAAGAAAUGCCUGACAGAUGACAAUGUUGAAAAUGGUAUCACUACCGCCUUAGUUACAAGUGGCUAUGCAGACUAUUUAAACGCUACCCAUCCACGGGUAGGAAAGGUAUUGGCCCCUUACGAUAACAUAAAAGAAGUACCAGAAGGCACCAGCUUUGGCGCCCCAUCUGGAACCCAAAUACCCUCCGUGGAAUCUUUUAUUUCCUGUAAACUAUACCCAGAAAAAGAAUUCGUCAAGAAAUGCUUUGCUCAUCUCAAUUGUGUAAGAAAAGUCUUAGCCAAACUGUUCAUACCAGAUUUCUUCGCUAAAUUCUACUUAAUCCUUAAACACUUUGAUAGAGAAAAUUCGGGAUGGCUGUCAAAAGAUAUCGUUUACGAACAGUGUGUUAUAAAGAGGAUCAAAUUAGAUUCUGUCUUAAUCGAAACUCUGCUAUCAUUGUGGAAAGCGUUCGACGGAUCCCGAAUAGAGUAUAAGACGUUUGUUCACGUGAUAAAUUAUAGAGAACCUUCGCCAGAGAUCCCAAAAAUACCUGACAUACCAGCCAAUUGCCUAAACUACGAAACGACAUACAUGGAGUUGAGCGAGCCAAAAUGUCCUGAAGUAAGUCCAAUGGCGGGCGUUCCAUCCGGACGAUAUUUCGACCGCGACUACCCGAUAACACCUGAUUAUUGCUGCAAGGCGGAUACAUUUUAUCUUUUACAAGAAUCUGACGCUAAGUCCUGCUUGAUCCCAAGCGUCUUUACCAAUUUUAACGUCAGUCACCGUGACAUGUACGCUAAAAGGGAACCUCAACUGGUUAGAAAAGUAUUUGAGAAGAGCGGGGAACAAUUUACACAUGAUACUUUUGAGGAAAUUUGGCAAGAAGCUAUGAAAUAUCAUCCUGAGGGAUGGGUGUGCUUUGAAACGUUCAGGCGCGCAUUGAUUAAGCAUCAAGGUAGAAAAUAGAUUCUCGUUAAGAGC